AUGGCCGAUGACCAGGACAGGCGCAUGGGCUCUCUGGACUACCAGCCGCUGCUUCAAAAAGCCAUUCGAGAUCGCGGAACCGAGUUUCGCAGCCAUUACUGCACGGUUGCGCAAUGCUGCCCAUCCAGAGUGAGCAUGUGGACUGGCAGAGCUGCGCAUAAUACAAAUGUGACGGACACCAGACCACCGUACGGCGGGUGGCCUCAGUUCAUCAAAGAAGGCCAUAAUGAUGACUACCUUCCGAUAUGGCUCCAAAAUGCAGGAUACAACACUUACUACGUCGGGAAGAUGAUGAACGGGCUCAGCGUCCAGAACUACGACAGUCCGUAUCCUGCCGGCUGGAAUGGAACAGACUUCCUCGUCUCCCCAAAUUUAUACCAAUACUACAAUGCCAGCUUCCAGCGCAACCAUGACCCGCCCGUCUACCAUCCAGGCGAAUACUCAGGCGACCUCGUAACGCGCAAAGCCCUCGACUAUCUCGACGAAGCCGCCGACGCGGCCAUCAACGGGGGCCGUCCGUUCUUCAUGGUCGUCUCUCCCAUAGGGCCGCACUCAUCCGCCAUCAUCCUCCCGGACCGGCCCAUCUUCUCGCUCCCCGAAGCAGCGCCGCGGCACCGCAGCCUCUUCGCCAACGCCUCGGUCCCACGCACGCCCAACUUCAACCCGGCCGCCGCCAGCGGACCGGCGUCCUGGCUCAAGGACCUGCCGCCGCUGAACGCGAGCGAGGUGGCGUACGGCGACGAGUUCUACCGGCGGCGGCUGCAGGCGCUGCAGAGCGUCGACGAGCUGGUCGACGCGCUGGUGGCCAAGCUGGACGACGACGACGACACAGGACGACGACGGCGACUGGCGGACGACACGUACGUCUUCUACACCUCGGACAACGGCUUCCACAUCGGCCAGCACCGCCUGCCGCCCGGCAAGUCGUGCGGCUUCGAGGAGGACGUGCUGGUGCCGUUUUUCGUCCGCGGCCCGGGCGUCGCCGAGAACGCCGUCGUCGACUGGCCGACGACGCACACGGAUGUGGCGCCUACCAUUUUCGAGCUGGCAGGGAUAGGACUGAGGGAUGACUUUGAUGGAGUGCCGAUGCCGGUGAGGGACAGGGACGUCGAGGCGGCGAGGAGGGAGGGCGUGGGGAAGAGCCGGAGGAGGUACGAGCAUGUGACGGUCGAGUUCUGGGGAGAGGGACAAGGGGAGGGCAUGUACGCCGGACCCGACACACCCAACAACACCUACAAGUUCCUCCGGAUCAUAGGAGAUUCAUAUUCGUUGGCCUACAGCGUGUGGUGCACAAACGAACACGAACUCUACGACAUGAACGUGAGCCAACUUGAAGAAUAA